GGAGUUUGGACUGACAGGCACAGUUUUAACCUCUACCCUCCAUUAAACGUGUGCCGGAGCGUCUAUAUAAACUCCGACUAACAUCUUGUGCAUGUGUAUAUGGACUUGCUGCGGUGUCAUAUCUAGUUUUAGCAUAAUUUUAUUCGGCCAUCCUCCCGAUGCAAUGAGCUACGCAGAGAACCUGAGAGGCUGCACUCGGGGCAUAAAUAAAAUCUGUGUCUGAGGACGGAGCAAGGAGGAAAUAAAUAAGGACCUGUUUUUCAGGCUAGUUAUCAUCAAGUAGUCAGCUGUGCUGUGUCGUUAGUGAGUCUGGAUAAAUAUAAUUCAUUGACUAACUGAAUUAAAUUGAGUGUUAACCUAGUUACGCUUUGUUUGGAGAAUCAAACCCCCGCCGCUACGUUAGCUUUCUGGCUCGGUAGCUACUUGUCGAAGAGCAUUUUAAAAGAGGAUUCAAAAUGCUCGUUGAUUAAGAUUGAAGAGGAAUUUCAUUGCUAAUCCAGGCCGUUGUUAGCUACUGGAAAACAUCGGGCUUUGGUGGAGUCAUGGCCGAUGAAAACACACAGUUCUGCGGUAACUGCAAACAUGACAUACCAGAGGCAAACUUUACAACACAUGAGAUCCACUGUCGGAGAAACAUCGCGCUUUGUGAUGUGUGCCAGGAGCCGGUGCCCCGCUCAGAUCUUCAGGAGCACAAGCAACAGGAGCAUACGCAGAUCACGUGCAAGUGUGGUUUAAAGUUUGAGAAGAAUCACAUCGAGGCUCAUCAGAGCUCUGAAUGCUCCCAGCGCCUGGUCCCAUGUCAGUACUGUGAACUGGAGCUCGUUUUCAGCCAGUCCAAAGAGCAUGAGGAUUACUGUGGUACGCGCACCGAGCCUUGCCCGCUCUGCAAGUGCAACGUGAUGCUGAGAGAACAAGCUCAGCAUCCGGCCGUAUGCGGGAGCCUCACGCCGCCUCAAGAGAGGAACAACAGUAGAUUGAGUCGCAGUCCAGUAGAACAACAGUCUCCAGGUGCGUGGUUUGAAGCCCACUCCAUCCGAAAUCUCCUCAGAGCCGAAGAAAGAGGCCCCAAGAAUAACAACGUCAGUGCAGCAGAACAACAAUCCUUCCCUCGGCCGUUUGAUCCCAGAGUUUAUAACACUUCAAGAGGAAGUCAGGCCUCAGAGGACUGGAAGAAUACUGCAACACAGACUACAGCAUUUAGCCACUUGAUGGGGCCAAGUGAUUUCCUGCAUGGCGGCGGCGGCAGCAGCAGCAGCACGUGGCCCUACAGCGAGCGCACGCUGGAUGAGGACUCGUCAGGGCUCGACUACAUGUUGGCUCUCAGCCUGCAGAGCGAUGGAGAGUCGGUGGCCGGCGGCGUGGAGGGCAACAUGUGGAGUGACAUCUGGGACCACAACAUUGGGAAGUCUAACACCUCUGUAAUCUCUCCGUUCUCGCCGCCCAACAACAACUACCCAGACUACACUGUAGGGACAAGCACAAGUGCCGUUCAGGACCACGACCAAACAGAUGCCAUGUUGCCUUGUGAGUUUUGCGAAGAGUUGUUUCCAGAAGAGGAUCUCAUUCUGCAUCAGACUGGGUGCAGUCCUGCGUCUGCCUUCGCAUCUUACAGCAAGCAGCCUUCAUCUCCACCUAAAGAGGACAGGAUGAGCAGGAUGCGCAGUCUUCCCAACACGCUCGCCUCUAACAUCCCCACUUUCCCUCGGUCCAUGUCCCCGGCCUCCUACAGUCCUCCAGCCAGUCCACUAGAGGGCGAUGUGGUAAUUCCCUGUGAAUUCUGUGGCGUGGCUCUAGAGGAGGCGGUCGUGUUUCACCAUCAGGACAAAUGUGACAUGCGCCCUCAGAAUGCACACCCGCUGAAUAAUAUAACAAAAACAUCAGUUAAAAAACCUUUAAGCCCUGGGAAAGACGCCUUUGGACAGAUGCCUUCAGAUAUUCAGAGAAGAACAAGGCACCAAGCUGAGUUCUUGGAUGAGGACUUUGGAUUUGACGGGGACACAACACCGGGACAAAACGUGAGUGGGUGGCAGAGAGACUACAGUGGACUAUCGAGUCAAAGGAAGACGUCCAACUGUGACGCCUUUGUGAGAAACAGAUCUCAUCAGGGAAAGGAAGCAGAGGGGCCUCAUUUAUCUUUCUGUGACACUGAGAACCACGGUUCUGCGUCUCUGAAGGGACUGCAUCACCCAGAAAAUAACGAUGGUCGAGGGAACAGAAGGAAUCCAAUAUCAAAGCUACCCAAGAAGCAGAAUGAGGAGCAGCAGGAAGAGUGAGAACUGAAACCUCCGGAGUAAAUGAAAAAAACCAAAUCUCCUACUCUGCUUAUCACGUAUCUUUUUUGCACACUUUGAAAAUGAAACAUAAUACUAUCUGAUAAGUGCCUGUGGGUGUGUUUGCAUCUUGCAGUUUAUAUUUAGAUGAGUUUUACUAUAAAAGUAUAAGUAAGUAAUUAGGUUUGUUCACGUAUAUUCUGCUUGUUUCAGAUGUUUGUAUGUCUAACAUCCAGCCUAAACAGAUAAAUUAUAAGGUGGAAUUUAUUUACACGGCAUCAUUUUUUUUUUUUUUUUGCGCGUACUUGGCACAUUAAGAACAGCAGCAGACAGACUCAUGACUUUGUCUGUUUGCAUUCGUCAAACUUAAUCUUUAUCUCGAUACAUCAGCCAAGGACAUUUUGUUUCCAGCCCUGUUUUCCGAUUCCUUCAGGGUUUGUCCUCAGUGUUCGUGCUACUUUUUUGCAUCUUUAUUUAACCCAAAGCACUUUGAUAGAUCAUUUUGUUUAAAAAAACAAAACAAAAAAAAAAGGGCUCGAGGAACAGAUUUGAUAAGUUUAUGCAUCUUCGACCAAGAAAAGAUAGUCGGUAUUAUUGAACCUUUGUCUUUUUAUACUGUUGAACAACUGUCUUUAAUAAUGUGUCUGUAACUACACAGUAAUAUUUAGAGGUUUUUUUUUUUAAAUCCUACUUAUAGGACUAUAUAUAUAUGUGAUGUUAUGUUCAGUUGGCUUUUGAAGGAAAUGUCUCACGUCUAAUGUUGUUUUAAGUAUGAUGAAUAAUUGUGUCGCUCUUCUGAUUAAGAUCUAAGACUGAUUUCGAGUGUAACAAAGGGUCCAUUUUUAGAAAACCAUGUAAACAAGGCAAUCACAGACCGCCGAGUCUGCAAAUUUUCCUUUUCUGAUCUACAACCCCAAGUUGAAAUCGGCCGCAGCUAGUGUAAGAAAUUAUCUAGUGUGGUGUUUAGCUGGACUUGAGACACUAAUGAUACACUGCUGAUUAUUCUCGUUGAAGAACGGCCUUGACGCUCUUUGUACCAUGUGAUUAUUAAAUGUUUUAAUAAAGACAUUGAUGGUUUCAUGGCAGCAACUUC